AUGAAAUACUACACCUGCCUACCCCUACCCCACCCCUACACCUACCCCUACCCCUACCCCUACCCCUACCCCUACUCCUACCCCUACCCCUACCCCUACCCCUACCCCUACCCCUACCCCUACCCCUACCCCUACCCCUACCCCUACCCCUACCCCUACCCCUACCCCUACCCCUACCCCUACCCCUACCCCUACCCCUACCCCUACCCCUACCCCUACCCCUACCCCUACCCCUACCCCUACCCCUACCCCUACCCCUACCCCUACCCCUACCCCUACCCCUACCCCUACCCCUACCCCUACCCCUACCCCUACCCCUACCCCUACCCCUACCCCUACCCCUACCCCUACCCCUACCCCUACCCCUACCCCUACCCCUACCCCUACCCCUACUACCCCUACCCCUACCCCUACCCCUACCCCUACCCCUACCCCUACCCCUACCCCUACCCCUACCCCUACCCCUACCCCUACCCCUACCCCUACCCCUACCCCUACCCCUACCCCUACCCCUACCCCUUACCCUACCCCUACCCCUACCCCUACCCCUACCCCUACCCCUACCCCUACCCCUACCCUAGCCCUAGCCCUAGCCCUAGCCCUAGCCCUAGCCCUAGCCCUAGCCCUAGCCCUAGCCCUAGCCCUAGCCCUAGCCCUAGCCCUAGCCCUAGCCCUAGCCCUAGCCCUAGCCCUAGCCCUAGCCCUAGCCCUAGCCCUAGCCCUAGCCCUAGCCCUAGCCCUAGCCCUAGCCCUAGCCCUAGCCCUAGCCCUAGCCCUAGCCCUAGCCCUAGCCCUAGCCCUAGCCCUAGCCCUAGCCCUAGCCCUAGCCCUAGCCCUAGCCCUAGCCCUAGCCCUAGCCCUAGCCCUAGCCCUAGCCCUAGCCCUAGCCCUAGCCCUAGCCCUAGCCCUAGCCCUAGCCCUAGCCCUAUGUUUCAGAUUAAAAUAAAGAAUCCAAAAUUAUCUUUACAGAUUACAAUGUCGUCGAACUUGCCUCCAAAUAUAGAAUCAAACGUAAAAAAAAAAGAAAUAAACCACGCAGAAGCACAGACAGAAGACUCUGAUGUCUUGGAUGCAAUAACGCCAGAUUUCGCGAGUCCUAGAGACUCCCUAGUUGCAGACACGCAGCCGGAAUGUUUGGAAUUGCAGGCACUUGACUCGGACCACAACGAUGGUACUACAACCAGCCAUCGACCAGAAAUACGACAAGAUCUCGACGAGAUCGUCAAUGACUACAGCGAGCAUGAACACUCAGAAAAUGAUUCGUCUAUGAGUGACGCUUGCUGUUUGGAAUUUUGUCAUUCCAAAAAGAACCAGCAUAAUGAGGAGGAAACCUACCGCCCAACAGCAUCUCCGAUGCCUCCGCCCUUAUGA